AUGGAGCACUUUGAAGUGAAGGCCAGAGAACACUUAGAGAAACACAGGGAAGAGACCACUCCACCAAGACACUUAGAGAAACACAGCAAAGAGACCACUCCAUCUAGACACUUAGAGAAACACCUCAAAGAGACCACUCCACCAAGACACUUAGAGAAACACAGGGAAGAGACCACUCCACCAAGACACUUAGAGAAACACAGCAGAGAGACCACUCCACCAAGACACUUAGAGAAACACAGCAAAGAGACCACUCCACCUAGACACUUAGAGAAACACAGCAAAGAGACCACUCCACCAAGACCCUUAGAGAAACACCUCAAAGAGACCACUCCACCAAGACCCUUAGAGAAACACCUCAAAGAGACCACUCCACCUAGACACUUAGAGAAACACAGCAGAGAGACCACUCCACCUAGACACUUAGAGAAACACCUCAAAGAGACCACUCCACCAAGACACUUAGAGAAACACAGCAGAGAGACCACUCCACCUAGACACUUAGAGAAACACAGGGAAGAGACCACUCCACCAAGACACUUAGAGAAACACAGCAGAGAGACCACUCCACCUAGACACUUAGAGAAACACCUCAAAGAGACCACUCCACCAAGACACUUAGAGAAACACAAGAAACACAGCAGAGAGACCACUCCACCAAGACACUUAGAGAAACACAGGGAAGAGACCACUCCACCUAGACACUUAGAGAAACACCUCAAAGAGACCACUCCACCAAGACACUUAGAGAAACACAGCAGAGAGACCACUCCACCAAGACACUUAGAGAAACACAGCAAAGAGACCACUCCACCAAGACACUUAGAGAAACACAGGGAAGAGACCACUCCACCAAGACACUUAGAGAAACACAGCAAAGAGACCACUCCACCAAGACACUUAGAGAAACACCUCAAAGAGACCACUCCACCAAGACACUUAGAGAAACACAGGGAAGAGACCACUCCACCUAGACACUUAGAGAAACACCUCAAAGAGACCACUCCACCAAGACACUUAGAGAAACACAGCAAAGAGACCACUCCACCAAGACACUUAGAGAAACACAGGGAAGAGACCACUCCACCAAGACACUUAGAGAAACACCUCAAAGAGACCACUCCACCAAGACACUUAGAGAAACACCUCAAAGAGACCACUCCACCAAGACACUUAGAGAAACACAGCAAAGAGACCACUCCACCAAGACACUUAGAGAAACACAGUACCGACGAUAGCACCGACGAUAGCACCGGCGAUAGCACCGGCGAUAGCACCGACGAUAGCACCGACGAUAAUUAG